AUGUCAUCAUCCAGACCAGUGACGCCGGCGUCGCCUGGAAAUCCUCCCGCAAUCAAGAGUCCGCAGCCAGGUGUUCCCCUUUAUGGGUGCGGCCACAUACAGCUUCUCUUGGCCCAAAAGCUUCCUGAAAUGAUCCGUCACUAUAAGGACUGCUUGCGGGUAAUUUACAAUGACCCCGUUGUGCCCCAAACGUCCAAGGCCAAGGGCACAACGCUCACACCGAACUACCUGUGCUUGCACUGCACGGAGACAGUAGCUACAGCACAAAGUAGCCUAAAACACGGAGCCAAGACUGGACAUCGAAUAUAUGUUGAAUCAAGGAACGGUUGUUUGUACUGCCAAAUGUGCGAAGACUUUGUAUGGGACCCAACCCUGGAGGAGCUACGGCUCCGGAAAUCCGAAUUUGGCUCAUUCACUCGAAAGCGAAAGAUCGAGAAGCUCUUCACGGAUGCUGCGAGGGACGACCCCGGGUUUAUAUCUACAAACACCGUUGAAAUUCCUUGCCGUGCAAGUGGAAUUCGGGGAAUCUACAACAUGGGUGCUACGUGCUAUAUGAAUGUCAUCCUCCAAUGUUUCGUCCACAAUCCUCUACUUCGAAACUUCUAUCUCUCCGAAGGACAUCAGAGUUCGCAGUGCUCUUACAAAAAUUGUAUGAGCUGUGCUAUGGAUGACAUGUUCCAGGAAUUCUAUGCCCAAGAAACGACUGUUGGGUACUCGGCUUCUAAUAUCCUAGCAAGUUUUUGGCUGUCUAAACGUAAGGCAUACGAGGAGCUGGCGAGCAACAAGGAGCAAGAUGCACACGAAUUCUUCCAAUUCUUGACGGAAGAGCUACACGAGAUAAAUGGUGGAGGGAGACCAUCCUUACUUGAGGACAGCCCAGUCACGAAACGGAACAAAACAGGCAAUGAGCCGAAUUGCAAAUGCAUCGUACAUCAGACGUUUUAUGGCAAGCUGCAAAGCACUAUCACUUGCCAGAGUUGUGGAGACGUAAACGCUUCUAUUGAAUCAUUUUUGGAUCUGAGCUUAGGCUUGGAUGUGCUUGCCAAAAAGAAAGGCCUCAAAGCCACAACUCAGUCGGCUCUCAGUCUGCAGAAAUGCUUGGAUGAAGAGUACAUCAGACCGGAGCGCUGCGAGUACACAUGUAAUCAAUGUGGUACACAGGAAGCCAAGAAGCAGCUGAGCAUAAAGAGCCUACCAAAUGUUCUCUGCAUACAGUUAAAGCGCUUUAAACAAAACAAUGGCCUCGCAUCCAAGAUUGAUACUAAAGUAUCAUUUCCUCUCAAGCUUGAGAUGUUCCCAUACACAAAUCGGGCGAGAAACACAAAUGCGGAUGCGAAAGACAGGAAUGAGCUAGCAAGAUCUUGUACCUAUGAUCUUCAGAGCGUUGUUGUUCAUGUCGGUAAUCUUGAAACUGGCCACUAUGUUUCGUAUUCGAGGGUUGGGAACCAGUGGUUCAAGUUCAAUGACCAUAAUGUUACACUGGCAUCAAAGUCGCAGGUACUGAACGAGCAAGCGUUCCUUCUUUUUUAUGUCGUACAAUCGUUGGCGUAA